UAAGAUAAUAACAGCUAUUUAGUGGCGCAUCGUUGACCGUAGUGUGUAUUCGUUAAUUUAGUUUUUAAAUUUAUUUCCAUAAGUUCAUCAACCGUCGAACAUCAGCUGAGAGUUGUCGAUAAUAUAUUACAUAAAUUAUAAAAAAUACUAAAUAGUAAAUAGUGUAAUAUAGUUUUAGUAACCGUUGUCCGUUGCGUUUGUGUCGUAGUCAUUUAAAUACAUUUAUAAUGUACGACCUAUGUUACCAGUUUUGUGUAAAAUAUUUUCAAGUCAACUUAUUUUUGGAAAUACAAUGAUUUAAGUAUCUACCGGCUUACACCUACACAAUACAUAAAUCAUUGUAUUAUUAUUUUUCUAUUGUUAAUAAAACCGAUUUUAAAUUAAUCAAAAUAAUAUUUAUAUAUUACAUAUAUUUCCACUUAUUUACCUACCUAUUUUUAAGUUUAUUGUUUGAACUUUAAAUCUAUCAAGUGACUAAUAACAUGGAAUCGCCAUCUGUGAUAUUGGAGACGAACAAACGCUAUUUCGUUGAAGACAAAUUUCUGAUUGUUAACUGUUUCUAUGAUCAAAAGAGAAUUAGACCAUUUCUUAAAGAUUGGAUUGGACUAUAUCCAUGUGAUAAUAUUAAACUAUACGAGCCAUUAAUAUUUGAAUAUGUUAUGGACCAUCCAAAGAUAGAUGGUGGUAGCUGUUUUAAAAUUAAAUUUAUACCAAAACUCUUUGCUAAGUCCAUUCAUUGUUCUGGUAAAUACCAGUUUGUCUAUGUGGAUUCUUAUUUUAAGAUUAUUGCAACUAGUGAUCCAAUUGAAUUUGUGCAUAAAAACGAUUGUAACUGUAAUAAUUCUCUUUGUCGAUCAAAUUGUAUGGUACACAUAAAAAUAGGACAGGAUAUUAAUUUAGUAGUUCAACGUUUAAAGUGUCUUGAAGCACGAUUACUAGAGUUUGAAAAAGGUAAACAAGAUGCAAUGCAACUUAAUGAACAACUUGUUAAAAAAUUGAAAGCAUGUGAAAUGCUUCGAUCUAGAGGUGAACAAUUUAUUGAUGGCCUUUAUAAUGCACUUGAUCAAGGAAAACCAGUAAAGCUAACAAAUUCUAAAGGGCAUGCACGUUGGGUCAAACGUAUGCGAACUACUGAAAUAAGAAACCAUGUUAUAUCUACAAAAACAGUCAGAAAUGAUGUAUAUUUAACAGCAAUUAUAAAUACUCAAGAGCAAGAAAUACAGAGAUUACGUGCCAUUAACAAUGAGCUUAGUAAUGCAUAUUAUUUAAAGUAUUAUAAGCAACCAGAGCAAAUUUAUAAAUCACAGAAUACUGAAAAUGAUAAUACAGAAGAUGUCAUACAAUUAAAACCUUUUAAUAUUGAGUCAAUUUCUUCUGAAGUAGUCAAAUUUAUUGAUGACUCAGAGUUCAGUGAUGACUACUGCGAAUAAAUAUUCUAGCCGCCUACACAUUUUGUCUGUUUAUAUAUUUUUUUAAUCGACUUAUUUGUUAUUAUUCCUGUUAUUGAUUUUAUAUUUUAGUGCAAA